CUAUUUUAGGGCUCUUGCGAUGAGAGUGGUGGGAUUGACUGGCGGGAUCGCGUCAGGGAAGAGCACCGUCUCGAAGGAGCUGCGAGAUGGCAGCGGCUUGCCUGUCGUCGACGCUGACAAGAUCGCACGCGCCGCCUUGCGCAAGAACACGCCCGGUUACAAAAGGGUUUUGAAGAUUUUCGGCAAGGGCAUCCUCCUCCCCGACGGCAAUGUCGAUCGCGAGAAGCUCGGCAACAUCGUGUUCGCGGAUCCCGCCCAGCGCAAGCUCCUCGACAGAGCCUUGGGUCCGGUUAUUGCUCGAACUAUGCUCUGGGAUGUCCUCAAGCAUUGGAUCGCUGGGACACCCGUGCUGGUAUUGGACGUCCCUUUGCUCUUCGAGACCGGCAUGGAUCGCUACACGAGCCCCGUGGUGGUAGUGUGGGUGGACGCCGACACGGAAGAGGAGAGAUUGAUCGCCCGCGACGGCCUCUCCCAAGAACAGGCGCGCAACCGGAUCAACUCCCAGAGAUCUCUCGACUGGAAGCGCGAGAAGGCCGACAUUGUGAUCGACAACUCGGGAUCUUUGGAGCUCACCCAGCAGCAGAUCCAGGAGUUCGUGGAGAAGAUCACGACCGCGCCUCUCAGCUGGAAAGAGAUGCUGUGCUCCAGGAACUUCGUGGGCAGUGUCGUGGCCGUGGCCAUCGCCUCGAGCCUUUGCUGGAGGCUGUGUUCAAAACGUGACGCAUGAUAUAAAGUGUUAUAUUCGAAAGGAAUAUUCACUUUUAAAAA